AUGGAGUCCCUUAGCGAAGACGUCUGGGACGUAGUGAUCGCUGGGACUAGUCUGCAGCAGUCGCUGCUUGCGUUGUCCUUGUCUCGCUCGGGUAAGAGAGUGCUGCAUCUUGAUCGCAAUGAAUGGUAUGGAGGUUCGGACGCCGGUUUGAGUCUGAACGAUGUCGAGACUUGGAUGAGGGAGAUAGAAAAUGGCCACAAUCCUCAGUUCUCGAGUCCUGCUGUUUGGAAACGUGAUGUCGCCGAGGUCGACGAUCCUGCUCGCUUAGGACCCUCACGAGCCUACACACUUGCACUGCGGCCGCAGAUCAUUCACGCGAGGUCCGAGUUUCUUACUGCGUUAGUGUCGUCAAGGAUAGCACCACAGCUCGAGUUUGUUGCAGUCGGAUCUUGGUGGGUGCUAGGACAAACCGGUCUGCGCAAAAUUCCGAGCACGAGAGAAGCAGUCUUCAAUGAUGACUCUUUGUCGAUUCGCGACAAACGAAGUCUCAUGAAAAUGCUGCGUCACGUCCUGCAGGAUGAAGCCGAACAGGCACCGGAAGUAAGGACGGAACCCAAGCAGACACUCGAAGAGGUCCUUGAGGCCUUCAAGGUGCCCUCAUCCUUGCACUCUGCAGUUCAAGCGUUGGCACUCACCACACAGAGCACAACGAGAACAGACGCUCAGCCUAGCCUGCGCCAGGUACGACGUCACCUACAGUCUAUCGGCCACCUUGGACCAGGAUUUGGCGCUGUCAUCGCAAAAUAUGGCAGCAAUCCUGAGAUCGCUCAGGUAGCGUGCAGAGCCCUGGCUGUGGGCGGCGGAGUGUAUUUAUUAGGGCACGGCAUCGCGUCCUUUAAAAACGACCCCACUGUUGAUGCCAGUGAUUUUGAUGCGCCCAGUGGCAAAGAAAAACCUUAUCACCUCGAGCUUACUGACCAUACAAAAAUCCGAACCCGUCGGAUUGUGGCGGGCGAAGGCGAUCUCCCUUCGACUAAGGAGCCUACGAGACGGGAAUCGAUCCAAACAUUGCAGAGCAUUUCGGUCAUUUCGAAGCCGCUUAAGCCGCUCCUGGCUCCAGAUUCUGACAGUGGUCCUACCCCCGCAGCAGCUAUCGUGCUUGUUGAAUCUCAGCCUGGUACAACGUCAAAUCCGAUCUACCUUCAGAUUCAUUCCGAGGACACAGGCGAAUGCCCAGUUGGACAAUCCAUUAUUUACGCUUCUGUACAACAAGGCGGUAAGGAGUCGAUCAAAGAUUUGAGCGAUGCUGUUCAAAGGCUGCUGAGUUACCUCGAGCAAAGUGACGAAGGUAUCGAGGCGGCUCAAAUCUUAUGGACCUUGUCGUUCACGAGUCAUGGCACCCAACAGCCACCCGAUGCCGAAGAGCCACCAUCUGGCCUGUCGAUUCUUGCUGCUAGUCCUUUCAGUCCAGCUGUAAGCGACGAGAUUCUAGCCGCAGUGCGGACGGUUUGGCAGGACGUCACAGAUGGCCAGUUGGAUUACAGCGAUUUCUUGCGAUUCGAGGAUCGAGAGGAAGAAGUAGAAGAUGUAUAG